CUGCUGGGAGUGGCCUUCCUUGGGAUCGGGCUUUGGGCAUGGAGCGAGAAGGGGGUGCUGUCAAACAUUUCCUCCAUCACAGACUUGGGGGGGUUUGACCCGGUGUGGCUGUUCCUGGUGGUGGGCGGGGUGAUGUUCAUCCUGGGCUUCGCCGGCUGCAUCGGGGCCCUGAGGGAGAACACCUUCCUGCUCAAGUUUUUCUCGGUGUUCCUGGGGAUAAUCUUCUUCCUGGAGCUGACCGCCGGUGUCCUGGCCUUCGUCUUUAAAGACUGGAUCAAAGACCAGCUCAACUUCUUCAUCAACAACAACAUUAGGGCCUACCGUGACGACAUCGACCUGCAGAACCUCAUCGACUUCACCCAGGAAUAC